AACAGAACCAGCUGCUUGAACAUUAGAGAGAAAAAAGCUUCAAAUCUGGAUGAAAUGUCUUUCUAGAACUACGCUUUUCUGAGGCGAUAUUUUACUUCCGGGUUUCACCAAAGAGGGGAAGUUGUUUGGACUACAAACAGGACGACACGAAUCACCAUGAACAUUCAGGAACAGGAUUCACCAGCCAAGCAAUAUGACCCACUUGACCAAACGCUGAAGUUUGUUAACAGGGAAGACGAAGUUGUUCCAGGGUCCUCCGAUUCUUCCUCUCUCAGAGCUGAAAUGUCCUGCGGCCAUGCAGUCACCCCUGAUUCCCUAACAAUUUGGUGUAAAAACUUGCUGAAGCAAGGGCAAAAUAAGUUCCGAUGUCCUGCAGUGGUGGAGGGCACCAAACAGUGCAAUAAACUGUGGUCGUACCAGGAAGUGCGCAGACUGGCUGAUCUCAAUGUUGAUGAGAUGCUGUAUUUUGAGCAGGAGAUGGCCAACCUGUCUGUUUCAGAGUACUGUGAGGUUCAGUCGUGUCCAAAGUGUAAAACCAGCGUGGAGAGGGAGGAUCCAUCCAACCUGUGUGUCCAGUGUGUGGUCUGUACAGCUGACCAGAAGGAGAUCUACCAGUUCUGUUGGCAAUGCUUAAGAGACUGGAAAGGUCCGGGGCCUCGAUCCGAUCGCUGCGACAAUGCUGACUGCAUCAACAGGGACCUCCAGCUCCUGCAAACCUGCAAAUCCAUCAGCCUCCCUGAUGUGGUGGGUGUGAGCAGCUGCCCCUCAGUCCGAGCCUGUCCUGUGUGCGGCGCCAAGGUGGAACACGACCAGAAGUACUGCAAAAACGUGACGUGUCCUCGCUGCCAGACCACGUUCUGUUUUGUUUGCCUGAAGCUAAAGACUGAGUGCAUUAAGACCAGUUCGCCAUAUGAGAUGUGUCGCAGCGGUGUGGCUCCGAGACAGACCUACAUCCCUGUGUGGAGGAAAUGAUGGCAGGAAAAAUAAACUAGAAUUAUAUAGGAGAGUUUUAUCUAGAUCCAAACAUCAGAAAUGUUCAAUUCAAUGCUAAAUAGACUGGUAUGUAAAGAAAAUAUAUGUUUUCUGGGGGUACAUUUCAUCUUUAACAGUUUACUUACAAUACAUUUAUCUAAAUAACAUGUUAAAUUACUUAAAAGUUUACAUAAAUAAAUUGUUUAAAAAUGUUGAGCAUUAAGUUGUAUUUCUUAUCUGAAAGGUUAUUAAAUCUCAGGCUUCUUGGGUCACAGGUAUACUGAGAGGUUUGCUCAUAUUUCUAAUUUUUAAAAGCUUAACUAAGCUGUUAGAAAUUAUGCAAAGUAAUAUGCAUCUUACAUCUUCUUUAGCUCAGAUCUUUUAUUUUUUGGCGUAUUAUUUUUAGUCUUUAAACUUUUUCAAGAUGUAAUUUUAUUA